AGGGGAGCACGUCCGGGUGCAAAGGUAGUACGGAGAGCAGCUCCCACUUCGGCACCCAGCCAGAAUGCAUCCCAGAGAGCACCGCCAAUACCCACACAGUCUAGGCCUUCUGAACCUGUUUAUUAUCAUGAUUACAGCUCUUCGACGCGCCAUAUCGAUCUUUCCUCAUUGCGCUCUCGAUACGGGGAGUCCUCACCUACUUACCGCCCCUAUCGUUCCUCCCCGCCUUUUGAGGGCGUUGGCGAGAGCUCUAUGAGCAGUCCCCGGAUUCCCUCAAGCCCUCAGGUAUAUUUACCAGAAGCGCAACCAAGAGUCUACGAUAUUGCACAGCUUUCGUCGUCUAUUAGGGAAGGAAAUGCUCCUAUAGCAGAAAGCGAGGUUAGUAGUAUUCCCGAUAGCACUGACGACCGCUUUGAGAGCACUGUUAACAUUCAUGCGAGCAACCUAUCUCAGAGAUCCUUGUUACCUAGCUCGAGGAGUGCAAACGUUCUCUCAAUGCAGGCUCAGAGGAUUGAGAAGGAGUGCAGCACGCUAAUCGGGGACCACACUCUUCUACAUGAGCCUUUUCCACCUGCAGCGAGGCUUUCGGUACUGGUAGUGAACAUGUGGGCAGCUGCCAGUCGCAGGGUGGGAUGUGCGGUAGAUCUGGACGAGGUCGUUAUCAAACAGGUCAGAAGUCUACACUCCCGAGUCCGUUCGCACUUGAUGCACGAGGUUAAAGGGCGCCUGGCGGAUUCGACCAUCUAUGGGCUUGGAAAGCUCUCGAGUCCUGAGGCGAGGGCUGCUCAAGUAGAGUAUCUUUUAAAGAAUGAUCGCUUCUUGAGCCCUGCGCAGCAUUACGAGACCUACCGUCUACGGUUUCUUGCGCCAGAGAUUAUCGACAUAUUGUACUAUAAAUACUUUGAUGGGGUCAGGAUGCGAGGGGUAAAAGACCCCGAGUUCCUAGAGCGGAUUACCCCUACAUUUAUUUGCCUGAUAUCCACUGCAAUUUGGCAUGGCAUUCGGGCAUGGUCAACGGGAACAUACGUGAAGCCUGACCAUUUCCAGUCACAGAAUGAGAGUGUUGUCAAAACGUUCAACAGGAUGAGCAACACAUGGAAGGGGAGGAGUAGGCAGAAUCAGGAGGCAACGUUGGAGGUGAUCAAGGAUAACCUCCGGGAGAAGAUACGAGAGAAGAAGGGUAUCACUAUUGAGGUGAUACCGGAAGAUGGAUUUAGCGAGGACGACGAAGCGUUAGCGGCGGAUCUUGCGGCAUUCCGGAAUGCUCGGAGAGCACCCCCGAGUGCUCCAGGGGAUAUCUCCGACAACGGUGGCGGCCAGGAAGAGGUGGUUCAGGCUCAACUUCGGGGCAUUGAAGCGGAAGAGGAAGGCGAGGAGGAUGAAGAUGAGGAUCGCGAGGGAGGGGAGGAGGAAAAGGAUCUGUAG